ACCCACCAGCAACAACCUUCUCCCUCAGCCACCGUCCCCUUUUCUCUCUCCGUCUUGCUUCUGAUUUACCACUGCAGCAAACGCAGGUCUCCUCUAUCUCCCUCUCCUUUCUCUUUUCCGGCGGCGGUCACAGCCCACGAUCACCUUCGACGGCAUCACCAGCGUUGUCACCAUCCUUCUAUGUCAUCAGCCUUCGUCCACGUCCUAUCUCUAUAACUCCUCGUGUUUUCUCUCGCCAGCGACUUCCGCCACAACAACGCUUGAAAAAAGCAGCCAUCGUCACCGCCGGCUGCCAUAACACCAGAUAA